CUCCGACACGCCGAGGGACGCAGAGAAGAAGUGACACCACUCCCACUGUCAAGUUGGACCAACUGAGCUCAGACUGUCUGUUUGUGGAUCAUCAGCACACAUGACCGGACCCUGGUCCGAGUUGAAGCUGAGCCUCUGAAGCUGGAGGUGGGGCGGGGGGAGGUUUCAGUCUGGGAGGUAGGAGGACAGAAACAAGCUCAGACUGGGAAUUGAACCACAUCCAGGAGCUGGGAGCAGUGGUUUGGACAUGGAUCAAGCUGGACUUUGGGUCUUUUUAAUCACAAACUGCCUUAUAUCAGAACUAAGUGGACAGAGAGUGGAGAUGGAAGAUGGGAAGUCUGGGUACAUUGGCUCAAAGGUGGAUCUCCGCUGCCGGUUUGUCAACAGCAACCCACCUGUUAAGAUCUCCCAGGUGACAUGGCAGAAACUGGUGAACGGCACAAAACAGAACGUCGCAAUCGCCAACCCGUCCCUGGGCGUGUCCGUGGCCCCGCCGUACAAGGACCGCAUCAUCUUCAAGAACGCAGCAGUCAGGCGACGGACACCCAACCUCGAAGACACGACCAUUAUCUUCUCCUCCCUCCGCCUCUCUGACGAGGCCACGUACAUCUGUGAAUACACCACAUUCCCCGCAGGGAACCGAGAGAACACCYUGAACCUCACUGUCUACGUUCGGCCUAAAACUCAGAUGAGUCUGUCCACACCGACCCUGGUGGCUCGUUCAUCCAACCUAAAGACUCCAGUAGCGACCUGCAUCUCUGCCAAUGGAAAACCACCUGGAACCAUCAGGUGGGAGACGAGGGUCCCCGGAGAAGCAACCACCCGAGAGUACGUAAACUCGGAUGGGACAGUCACCGUUCAGAGCGACUACAUUUUGGUGCCCAGCAGAGAAACUCACAGAGAGACGCUCACCUGCGUCACCAUUUACAACGAGGAGGUGUACACAGACAGCGUCACCCUCGACAUUCAGUAUGAGCCAGAGGUUACGAUCGAAGGGUUUGAUGGGAACUGGUAUCUGAGCAGAGAGAACGUCCAGCUGAGCUGCCAGGCUGAUGCCAACCCAGCCGUGUCUCUGUACCAGUGGAGAGUGAUCAAUGGAUCCAUUCCUAGCAGUGUUGAGAUCCAAGACAACCUCCUCCUGUUCAAAGGUCCGGUGACCUACGACCUGCAGGGAACAUAUGUGUGCGAUGCAACCAACAGCAUCGGGACGAGGUCAGCCUCUGUGGAGAUCAGCGUCAUAGAAAAACCUCUGCCGCAGAUUGCGACAGGUGAUGUCAUCAGCGUCAUCGCCUUAUUAUUGGCUGCCGGAGUGCUGAUGGGCAUCACAAUCACAGUCUUGGUGCUCAAAAUUAAAAGCAGAAAAGACGACUCCUUAAGCGACUCCCCGUCCAAAAAACAGCCGAUAAGGAAAAGACCAGAUGAUAUUCAGCACUCAGGGCGUUUUUACGAGGAACUUCCGAACACAGCAGACUACGUGAGCUACAGACUGGCCUGUAACAAGGAGGACUACCCAGAGCCCUACUCCCCUCCAAUCAACCCCCCUCUGUCGUUUCUGCCCCAGCAGCCCUACCAGUCCCCACAAAUCCAAACGAUGCCCGCAAUGAGCACCAGCUCCACCAGCACCCCGCUGAAAAACACCUUUGUUCCUCCGUCACACAGCACCACCGUUUUCAAAUACCCAUCUGUGCCGGGUCUGUCCUCUCCUCCCCCAGGAGUGGGACCGUACACGUUUCCUAAAGAGCAGUACGUCUGAAGGAUGUCAGCUUAUAAUAUAAACUAUAAAAAUCCAACCUGAAGCAGGAGCUGGAGCGUGUGGCUCUGCGUGGUCAGCACUYUCCCUCACAGACACAGAGGCUCAAAGGUCAACAAAUGGAUUAAUUGCUGGACUUUUACAACGAUUUGUAUCAUAUUUUGUUCUCUUACCUGCCUUUUUUAAGGAAGGGGUCUAAUCCAAUAUGUAGGUUUUAAGAUAGAUUAGUUUAAAAAGCAAAAAAGUCUACUAUUGAAUAAAUGAAAUACCUUUGAUUUCAUCAAACUGAAAGGAUUACCUGGAUGUUCACUCUGCUUCAUCCACUGUUGCAUCAUUUUGUACAAAAAAACAAGAUAAAUAAAUGAAUAAUAAAAGAUAUAAUUCCCUUCUUUAUUUCUGAUGACAUUCAGUUCAUUCUGUGUUGUAUAUAAAAUCAAUCCUUUGAUGUAAUAUUUUGGUAUUUAAUGUAAAACUUCUGCUGUAUUUGUAUUUUGUAUAAUAUUUGUCUUUUUUCUGUCAUAAAAGGACCUUGAGUAUAAAUUGGAUUUAUGAAAAAAGUCAUGUUUCAGUUGCUGAGAAUUGUUUUUGUUGAACAUUGAAAUUUAGCUUUUAAUAAAAAAAAUGAUCACAUGAA